GUGACUUGCACAGCGACACUUCCGGAGAGGCGUGUCGCGUGCGCCAGCCACGAGGCCAUGGCCCCCGGCUUCCCCGUGGGUCUCCCGCGCCGCGUCGACUCGCUGUGCAGGGCGCACCGGGCCCUGCGCGCCCCCUCGCCGCGCCGGGCCCUGCACGCCCCGAGCCCGGCCCCCCGCGCGCGUUCGGGGGCCGCGCAGAUCUGGCUGCAGAGGCAGCGGCGCGACCCGUUCGUGCAGCGCGCCCAGGAGCUGGGGCUGCGAUGCCGCAGCGGAUUCAAGCUGGCGCACAUGGACGAACAGCUGCGCUGGCUGCGGCCCGGCCGAGCCGUGCUCGACUUGGGGGCGGCGCCGGGCGCCUGGAGCCAGGAGGCGGCGCGCAGGGUGAACGCGACCGGGGCCCUGCCCGGUGCCCCGCGCGGCUUCGUGCUGGGCCUGGACCUGCUGCCCGUAGAGCCCCUCGACGGAGUCUCCUUCCUGGGCGGCACCGACGUGCGCGCCGCAGACACCGAGACGAAGGUUCGCGCCCUGCUCCCGGGCGGCGCGGCGCACCUGGUGCUGAGCGACAUGGCGCCCCGGGCGAGCGGGGUGCGCACCCUGGACCACGAGCAGAGCCUGGCGCUGUGCGGGGCCGCCCUGGCGCUCGCCCUCGUCAUCCUGCGGCCCGGGGGCCACUUCCUCUGCAAAUUCUGGGACGGCGCGAGCAGCGAGGAGCUCCGCGCCCGGCUCCGGGCCGCCUUCCGCGACGUGCGCGCCCUCAAGCCGCCCGCGAGCCGCCGCGACUCGGCCGAGCUGUACCUGGCGGCGAGCGGCCUGAGGGCGCCGCGCCGCCCGUGACCUCGGCGGCCCACUUGGGACCCGCGCCAAUCCACGCGCGCUCUGCGAGGGCCUCACCGCGACCUGUUGGUCCGUGGGGGAGGUUGUUGCAGCUCGCUUUUGACAGGGAUGUCAUUGACGUUUGUGGUUAAGUUGUGGCGCAUACGAAACGAUGGUGGGUUUUGACGCGCUGCGGACAAGUGUGCCGUCCCAUUGCUCGCGGUCAAACGCUGCAGAUGGCCUCUAUUUAACAACGCGCCCUCAUAAAAGGUAGUAGUGAGUGCAAUGGCAUAAAAUACCGUGCAAUUUUUCGUCCUGUGGCUAAAUAAAUGUUUUAUUUGUCUCA